GCAGUGGAAGCCGGGCCUCUGCCUGAUGCCGAGGCGGAUGCGCACAACAGAUGGGGGUACGGCGGCUAUGGCCUCGGACUCGGCUUUGGUGGAUACGGCCACGGGUAUGGCCAUGGUGGAUAUGGUCAUGGGUUUGGCCAUGGUGGAUAUGGUCAUGGGUUUGGCCAUGGUGGAUAUGGCCAUGGAGGAUAUGGACAUGGGCAUGGCCAUUAUCAUUACGGAUAGACGGAAGGAAUAUCUGAGUAGAAGGGCAGUUGCUACCGCCAUUCGGUGGAUAAUUAUAAGAAUUAUGACCCUUUGUAUCCGCCCCUUUCCCUUCCCGUCGAUCAUUUCAACUUUUCACUUAGUUUUCUCGCCUUCUCUCACUCUGCGUCCUGCAGGAAGCAACAUCUUUCCCUUCCUCAAGAGAAAAGCAAAUUUGUAGAAGGUUGCUAAACACGGACAUAAAACGGGAAUCGUUAAGCUGUUGUCUCGUUUAGAACUGUGUUAGUGUUAUAUUUCAACAGAUUAUCAAUGUAGGGAAGUUUGCUUGGUGGUUUUCAGCAAAUCAUUGGUGCGAGGAAUUUGUUUUGAAUAAAUUAUUGAUCUGAA